UUUCCAAAUGUAACUUCUGGUAGCUGAUAAAAUAAAAAAUAAAAAAUCGGAAGGACUUGGAAAAACUUUUGGAAUGUUGAAGAAAUGAAGUAUUCAACUAGACAAACACUACACGCAAAAUCGGUUUGUCUUCUGCUUAGUGAAAUCCAGUGUAAUUUUCAACUUUGUCAGAAAAAUCAGCACAGAUUGGAGCGAAUUUUCUCCAAAAGUUCUCCCCACUGCAUCACAUCCUCGAUUUACCUCUCUCUGCCGCUGUCUCUUUAUUGAGUAUAUUUUCCUUUUUGAUCUUCAGUUUUCCCCCCGUUAAUCUCUCUUCAUCCCAUUGAUCUUCGGUGAUUUGAAAAUGGUUUCGCUUGGGAAGCACGCUCGUUAAAUUAAAUUAGUCAGGAUGGAGCCAAAUGUCAAUACUCCCGAUAUCCAGACCCAGUUCCUUGAUAGCCAAUAUUCGCCUCCUUCAUUUUCUGUAGGUGGAAAGGUUGAAACUGGGGAUGCUGAUGAAUUGAAAUAUCUGGAAAGCACUGUGCCUUUUGAUGCUACUGUUACCACUGACGAUGCAUUUGGCACCCAAUUAGUGAAUCUCGCUGGGGAAACCCAAGUAUUGAGUAUUGCUGGCGAAACCCAAGGAUAUGAUGAUGCCAAUUGCAGUGAAAAUAUGGCCACCCAGUUAUUUGACGUGUUUGAUAAUCAAGUUGCUGGUGUUAUGGAAGGCAAAGGAACAGAAGAAGCUGAAGAUUUUCGUGAUAGUGAUGAGCAGUCUGAUGAUGAAUCAAUAAGAAGUGGCAGUGGCCAGUCUGUGGUUGGGGAGAAGAUUUACAAUUCUCUUCAUGAACAUCAUAAUAAGGGGUUAUUGGAGAGAUUUGAUCCUUUACCAGAUAAAGAGCAUACUGCAGAACUCCACGUUUCAACUGCAACAUGUGUGGUUGAAGGCAACCUAAAACCAAAACCUGGACCUCUACGAUUGGGGUUUACUUCAGUUCGUGUAGCAUCAUUGAGGGCGUCUGCUCUGGCUGCUCGCAUGGCUUUGAAGGGAAUCAACAAUGGAUCCUGUUCUCUCCCAAAUAAGAAUCAGUCUCUGGGAGUUGGUGAGGAAGUAGAUCAGGAACAUGGGCAAUGCAAUGGAAAAAUGAGGGGGUCAAAGAAUAAAAAUGUAUGGGUUGGCAGUAGAACCGCUAGAAAACUUUUUACUGAGGAUUUGCAUGAUGACUGUAGAGGACUUCUUAACUUGAAUAAUGUUGAAGGAGAAGAGUUGCCUCAUUUGCCUGCUUGUGAUGAUGGAUUGGCAGGUUUAAGCUAUGUGGACUCUCAAGAACCUGAAGAGUUAUCGCAGGCCAAUGCAUUGAAUUUUUUGGAAGGGUUCCUGAAAGAUAAUGUCGGGGAGAUUGAACAAGCUGAUCGUGUAAAGAAAAUUGGGGGAAAAUCAAAUUCUGUCUCAAGUACAGAGGGCCUGCAAAGUUUUGCCAAGAAAGCCAUUGAUAGAAACAUAAUUGGAGAAGCAGCGAUUUUUGACGGGGAUGAUAGUCAUGAGCAUGAAGGAGGUGGAGAAACCUUCUGCAGAAGAAAAGAAGAGUUUUUGUUUGGUAGAGGCCAUGGAAGAAAAUCUUUUACCCUACCCCAGAAGCCUGAAGGAAGCAGCCUAGAUGAGUAUAGAGACCAUGAAGAAAAUUUAGAUUUCGAUAACAAUAGAACAGGUUUAGCUCAUUCGGAUUCAAAAUUAAUGUGGCAUAACCCAAAAGUGAGUGACAAGACAGUGCAAAUGAUGAAAUUGAAAAAAACUCUAGUCAGUGAGUCGGACAAAGAGUUUAGUGACCAUCCCUGUGGACAGUCGGAGAAUAAUGUUAAUGAGACAGAUGUGUCAGAAAUGUCAAACAUAGGUUUUGAUACGCAAAUGGCUGCUGAAGCUAUGGAAGCCUUGUUCCAUGGUGAGAGCAUUGCUAACCAUGAUGAUAAAGAUGUCUAUCAAGGUAAUGAGAACAAUGUAAAGGGUUCCUGCAGAGGUUCUCUUGGAGGAAAUACAAAUAAGGUAAUUCAUUCAAGGCAACCCUUUUGUCGUAAGGGGGCAAACCUCUCUGAUAUAGGGUUUGCUUCACUAAAGAAUUUGGAGAGCAUGAGUGCCAAUUCAAGAAAAGAGUCUUCAAUUUCCUUGGAGAAACAUUCUGAUAAUGUCAGGAAGCAGAGUGGAAUUGAUCUGGUCAGAAAACAAUCGAAGAGGGUUCACUUGAUUGCUGAAGAAUGUCUUACUGCCAAUGGGAAUGGAAACUCGAAAAAAAAGAUAUCUAGGACUAUUGAGAAAAGAAAAGCUGGAGGAGCUUUCGACAGAAUUUGCACUAACGAGUCCAACAGAUGUGAUGAAAGUGCAUUCCUAAGUGGAGUUAGUGCAGUUAAGAAGCGGCAUUUACAAGGCGAGGUUGGUGCUCAUGUAUCUGUUUCUCGUCAAACUAGACAGUUAUUGGUAGGUAAUCAUUUGAAGAAGGCUGAGAAUGCAUCUGGUGACGGUAGGGAAGAGCUGAACUAUCCGAUUGAGGUAUGUGCCUUAAUAGAGAAAAGCAAUAGUAGUUCAGCCAUACAAGCUUCUGAAUUGUUGGAGGAAAGAUCAUCUAUAUCGGGCUCUAAUCAAUCCAGAAGAGUUAGAAGUAUAAAAUCAAGUCAACCCGAUCUAUUGGCUCCGGAGUUGAUAGAUUGUAACAAUGGUUCUAUAAUUGAUUCAUUGAGAUAUCCCAGGAGGAGAAGAUCUAAUCGAAAUAUGUCUGGUCAGGAAAAUGGAUCGGAUUGCUUAGAUGGUGUACUUGAACCAUCUGUUCAGUUGAAAUACGUUAAAAACUCUGUAUCCAAGCGCAAAAGGUCAUGGGGUGAUGCUAAAAUUCCUUUUGUUGAUUCAAACCUGAAGAAAACACGUUCAGGGCAUGCUUCUGUAUUUGGAAAGUCUGGUGAUGUGGAUGUCAAAAUUAUAAUUACAGAUCUAACUGAUGCAAAGGCUAGAAAAGACUCUAAGAGAAAUAGUGAUGCAAGUUGCCCUUCAUCAACUGGAAAGGUGAAUUCCAGGUUGGAUGAAUCACCGAGGUCAUGCAAGACGAACCUGUCAAAACCAAACCUUCUGAAAGAAAUCCGUAGCUUAAGUGCUGCAGUCCCUGAACUUGCUUCUGUUUCAAAAGCUUCAAGGAAGAGGAGAGAUAUGAAUGAUGUUCGAAUCUUGUACAGCCACCACUUGGAUGAAGAUAUAAUGAAGCAGCAGAAGAAGAUUUUGGCUCGGCUAGGAUUUUCCACGGUGUCUUCUAUUAUGGAUGCCACACACUUCAUAGCUGAUCAAUUUAUUCGUACAAGGAAUAUGUUAGAGGCAAUUGCUUCUGGAAAACCGGUAGUGACACAUUUAUGGCUUGAGAGCUGUGGACAAGCUAGCUGUUUCAUUGAUGAGAAAAACUACAUACUGAGGGAUGCCAAGAAGGAAAGGGAGUUUGGAUUUAGCAUGCCAGUUUCAUUGGCACGUGCAUCCCAGCAUCCACUUUUGGAGGGUCAAAGAGUUUUUAUUACCCCAAAUAUAAAGCCUAGUAAAGAAACAAUUUCCAGUUUGGUUAAAGCUGUUCAGGGCCAGGUGGUGGAGAGAACUUGCAGAUCUACUCUGAAAAAAGUUGACAUUCCAGAGAAUUUAUUGGUUCUAUCUUGUGAAGAAGAUUAUGUUAUAUGUGUUCCUUUCCUUGAAAAAGGGGCAGCAGUGUACAGUUCAGAGCUGUUAUUGAAUGGUAUAGUCACUCAAAGGUUGGAGUAUGAGAGGCAUCGCCUCUUUGCGGAUCAUGUUAGAAGGACCCAUUCCACGGUGUGGAUCGGAAAAGACGACGAACAGUUUCUUCCUGUGACUAAACAUAAAUAAGAUUCAUUUUUAUUCAUUGAUUCCUUUGAUUUUCCUUCUGGUUCUGCCUUUUAGGGCCAUUUGGCUGGUAACAAGUGCUAUGAUCUGUACAUAAUAUUCAAGAAGUUGUAAAAUUUAUGAAAAAUUCUACCCAACCUCCGGUCCCCUGUUCGCACACCUUAUGUGGCGAACCCGGUUCCUCACCCACGUCACGGUUCAGUCGCCCACUUCUGUCAGACUUCUCUCGCUCGAGUUUCUCUCACUCAACUCCUUACUUCUCCCUCUUUCUCAUAACCAAGAAAAUGAGCAAACAGCCUCUUCUCCCAAAUCUCCCGCAUGCAGACACCCACCCCAGCCAGCACCCUAGCAAUAGAUCACUCCCCCUCAACCCAGCCCCUCCACGUCUCUCACUCAUGAAACCCUAGAAGAUUCCGUCCUCACAUCUCACCCAACCCCUUCUUCACGUCUCUCACCUAUGACCCUUGAUCUCGCUCUCAAACUCCAUACGGUGUGUUGAGCUUUUGCUGCAAACUCCAGACGUCGAACACCAACGCUCACUCCGUACAGAUCUGCCUCCUCACAUCACGGUUUUAAUGGUUGUAGAGAAAAGGGGGGAAAUUUUGUGGUGGGUAUUGUUGGAGCUUGGAUUGUUAUUUAGAUGUGGAAACUGGAAAAGGUUUACCUUUAGUGAAGUCUGUCAAUAUAUAGUCUGUAACACACCCUGUGGGUUGUUUGGUAGCUAAGAAACUAAGGGAAAAUUUUGGUUACUGCAGGAUGGAGCAUAUUAAUUUUUUAAUAAGUUAAGCCUAAUUAAUGAUCGAAAGAGGGCUGUUUAAAUUAUCACCAUCAUCAAUAACAUUAUCAUUUGCAUGUCGUGAAUGGAAAAUAUUUAAUUUAAAGGUGGUCUGGAUGUCUCUCUUCCUUUUGUUGAUUUAUUUGUUAGGUGGGAAAUGAGGAAAAUUGUGGUGAUCAGAGACUUAGAGCUUAAAUUAUAUGUUGAAUAGAGGUAGGAGUUGAUGAAAAGUUCACAUUUUAGAGGUUAGUGUAAUUGUCUGGUCUGAAGAGUUAAACUAAUCUUUGGGUAUUUUGUUUGGAUGCUUUGGAAGUGAUGAUAUAUUUUCUCAAUUUUGUAAUUUAAAUUUAAUGACUGCUUUAAAGAGUUUGGUAUAAUAAGAUCUCUACAUUUUUCAAGAGUGUGUGUGUUUUGGUAUCUUGCAAAUGGACUUUAAAACUCUGAGUUGUGACUUUAAAACUUUACAUUUUUCGUUUAUAUUCUUUUCAUUGCAUUCCUAUUGGUAACUUCGGCCUGUGAAGAAGGGGGGAGGUGUUUUGUUGUGGAUGUUUUCAAGUUCCUUAUUGAUUGAUGUAGGAAAUGCCAAUUUUUUUGUGUUGAUAUAUUGGCUUGAGUGUCCAGUUAUAAGCAGAAGGAUAAAUUUUCAACCUUUACAUUUACCUUGUUCUUACCUUCUGGUCGACAUCUCGUCAAAGGGUGGUUCUUUUCCAUUUGUUUGAUAUUUAUUUCGUUCUUUAUCUUGUUGGAUACUGCUGCAUGAUCCACGGCCUGCUCAAUUAAUUAAGGCAAUAUAAAAAAUAGUAAAACAAAGCAGUGAAAUUACUUCAAUUUUCAGAAUGAUUCAUCACCCUUCCUUGACAAGAGACUUCAUAAUUGUUGCAACUUAUUUUUAAAAUGUUAGAUUCUGUAGCAUAUACGGACAAGCAGCAUGUAGCAAGAAGAUUAUGAAUGAGGGUUCAAUUCAUUCCUAUUCAUGCUAGAAGAUGAGAAAAAGGGGGAGGGUGAAUGAAAGAAGAAUCAGAAGAUAAAAUUCAGAUUUAUAGAAUUUUUCUUAUUUCGACUACCAUGAAAUUCUACUUCAUUAAUUUUUUAAACAUAUCAAUUUACCUCCUCAUGCUAUAUAUAGGAUGCCAUGGAUUCUCUGAUGAGGGGAAGGAUUGUUCUUGUCAUAGCACACAGGCUUUCAACUGUCAAAAGUGCAGACAGUGUUGCUGUUAUAUCAAAUGGUCAGAUAGCUGAAAGCGGCACCCACGAGGAGCUACUUAGCCAGGAUGGAAUUUACACUACAUUUGGAGACAAUCACAAGCCCCAAGUACUGCACUAUAGUUUAAAAUUGUAGAUAAAACUACACGCAGUAGCAAUGAAUCAAAAUAAUAAGUGAGGUCAAGUUCAUUGAAAUUCCAGUGCUGGCUUCUCCUGCAUGCUUAUUGUGUAGAUCACGUAGAUGAGUUCUUGUUCUCAAAUUAUUAUCGAGUCCUUUUUUUGAUAAAUAAAUUAAUUAUAUUGAUCAAAGAAUGGCAAAGCCAGUUACACAACUCUGAUGCCCUAACUAGGUAGGCAAAUUAGAGACAAGAAUUAUUAUUAUCGAGUCCUCUUCCAACCUUGAUCGGACUAUAGUUGUAUCGUGUUAGUUUGAAAUGUAAAUAGAUUGUUUGGAUUGUAACAUGUAUGCUAUAUGUUGUAUGUGAAGAAUGAUGGCAACUUAUUAUGCUAAAUCCAUAGACACCAUCACCUAUUUACACAUGAUAGGUGGUUAUUUAAAUAAAUUCCUAUAUUUAAUCUA